AUGCUGAGUAGCCCUUCAGGGAAGCUAGUGCAGAUCGAGCACGCUUUGACAGCAGUUGGGUCGGGCCAAACCUCUCUGGGGAUCAAAGCUGCUAAUGGGGUUGUUAUUGCAACUGAGAAGAAGCUACCUUCAAUCUUGGUUGAUGAAGCAUCUGUUAAAAAGAUACAGAGUUUGACACCAAAUAUUGGAGUUGUUUACAGUGGUAUGGGUCCUGAUUUUCGAGUCUUGGUUCGAAAAAGCAGGAAGCAGGCAGAACAAUAUCACAGAUUAUAUAAGGAACCAAUCCCUGUUACUCAACUUGUGAGGGAAACUGCGGCUGUUAUGCAGGAGUUCACUCAAUCUGGUGGUGUAAGGCCUUUUGGGGUAUCUCUGCUGGUUGCUGGGUUUGAUGACAGUGGUCCCCAACUAUACCAGGUUGAUCCUUCAGGUUCAUAUUUCUCGUGGAAAGCCUCUGCAAUGGGGAAGAAUGUCUCAAAUGCAAAAACAUUUCUUGAGAAGAGGUAUACUGAUGAUAUGGAACUUGAUGAUGCUGUGCACACGGCUAUUUUGACUCUGAAGGAGGGAUUUGAAGGACAAAUCUCAGGAAAAAAUAUUGAGAUUGGGAUAAUUGGCACAGACAAAAAAUUCAGGCAAGCUCCAUCUUUACUUCCUACUUUGGCAAUAAAUGCUUUGCUCAUUAUAAUAUAUCAAUCAUUUUAUUGCAGUUGGGAAUUAGAAGGUUGGCUCUGGCUGGACCUUAAGGAGGACUCAGAAAUUAUGUCAUUGGCUACAAUGUUUGCUAUAUCUUCUGUUCCUAUUCCACCUCAAACAGAAAAUCUACUGCUAGCAAGAGACUUGAAAGUUACUGAGCAUAAAGAUUCAAAGAGCUCAAGCGGAAAGUUAUAG